AUGUCUUCCCUACAAGCAAUCCGCUACCAGCGCGGCGAGCUUCUCGUCCUCGACCAACUGCGCCUACCUCACGAGCACCACUACGACGCUGUUUCUACCUCGGAAGAAGCUUUCGACAGCAUUCGGUCCAUGCGCGUACGUGGCGCCCCAGCCAUCGCCAUAGUAGCAGCCCUUGGUCACGCCGUCGAACUGCACAACGGCGCGCUCGCCUCUUCUGCCACUCCCCAAGACACCAUCUCCUACAUCGACUCGAGGCUGGACUAUCUAUACGAAUCGAGGCCCACGGCCGUCGAUCUGGGCAACGCAGUCACCGCACUGAAGAAGGUCAUUCGGCAGGCCCCCGCAGACCACUCCAAGAUCGUGCAGGCAUACAUCGACGCCGCCGAGGAAAUCUUCCGCAAGGACACCGAGACCAACAAGUCCAUCGGCUCCCACGGCGCCGAGUGGCUCCUCGAGAACGCCCCCGUAGCCACCCUAGAGGGCGCGGUCUCGGUUCUUACACAUUGCAACACCGGCUCCCUGGCGACAUCGGGCCACGGCACCGCUCUGGGCAUAAUCCGAUCAUUAAACGAGAAGGGCAAACUGAAGCACGCUUUUUGCACCGAGACGAGACCAUACAACCAAGGAAGUCGCCUAACGGCAUUCGAGUUGGUCUUCGAAAAGAUCCCCUCUACCCUUAUCACAGACUCCAUGGCCGGUGCUCUAUUCGCGACGCGAAAGCAAAAGGACCACAUCGCUGCCGUGAUAGUGGGCGCCGACCGUGUUGUUCGCAACGGUGACACAGCCAACAAGGUUGGCACGUAUGCCCUUUCCGUGCUGGCCCGCCAUCACGGCAUCAAAUUCAUUGUUGCGGCCCCGACCACAUCAAUCGAUCUGGAGACUGAGAGUGGUGCCGACAUCAAGAUCGAGGAGCGUAAGCGCGAAGAGCUGACCCAGAUCACCGGUGCCGUAGUUGGCAAGGACGGCAGUGUCGAUGCCAGCCGGACAGAAAGAGUCGCCAUUGCCGAUCAACGGAUCGGCGUAUGGAAUCCAGCCUUCGACGUCACACCUUGCGAUCUGAUCGAUGCCGUUGUCACCGAAAAGGGCGUUGUGACAAAGGGCUCGGAUGGCAAAUUCGAUUUCAGAAAUAUCAUGCCUGAGAGAUGGCAAGACGUGGUGGGGGAACAGGCUUCAGAUCUAGACUGCAUGGAUACAACACCUGAGAAAUGGUGA